UGCCUGGAGCGUUUCCGAGGAGGGAGGGGGACUCGGGCCGGCGCUUCAGACCUUCCCGGCUCACACUGAGGCUCUACGCCCCGCCUCUGGUGGCUGCCUAAAACCUGGCGCCUGGCUAAAACAAACGAAAGGCAGCGCUGAGCCUCCACUCAAUCCAAUUAAGGCGGACUUGGUCCACUCCGUUACGUGUUCGUCCAACGGGAUCGGCGUGAAGGCAACGCACCAGAAUAUUUGGCACACCAAGAAAAAAAAACAGGAGAGAGAGAGAGAGAGAGAGAGAGAGAUUUGCCACCCCUUUCCCUCUUUUUUCCCCUCCUCUCCCCCCAGCCGCCGAAUCAUGUCGAUGAGCCCAAAGCAUACGACUCCUUUCUCAGUGUCUGACAUCUUGAGCCCCUUGGAGGAAAGCUACAAGAAAGUGAGCAUGGAGGGCAGCAACUUGGGGGCUCCCCUGGCAGCCUACAGGCAGUCGCAAGUGGCGCAGCCGGCCAUGCAGCAGCACCCCAUGGGCCACAACGGGACGGUCGCCGCUGCCUACCACAUGACGGCCGCCGGCGUCCCCCAGCUCUCCCACACCGCCAUGGGGGGCUACUGCAACGGCAACAUGGGCGACCUGCCGCCUUACCAGGACACCAUGAGGAACAGCGCCUCGGCCACCGGAUGGUACGGGCCCAACCCGGACCCCCGGUUCUCCACAAUCUCCCGCUUCAUGGGGCCGUCGUCGGGGAUGAACAUGGGCGGCAUGGGCGGCCUGAGCUCGCUGAGCGACGUGAGCAAGGGCAUGGCCCCGCUGCAGAGCACCCCUCGCCGGAAGCGCCGCGUCCUCUUCUCGCAGGCCCAGGUGUACGAGCUGGAGCGGCGCUUCAAGCAGCAGAAGUACCUGUCGGCGCCCGAGCGGGAGCACCUGGCCAGCAUGAUCCACCUGACGCCCACCCAGGUCAAGAUCUGGUUCCAGAACCACCGCUACAAGAUGAAGCGCCAGGCCAAGGACAAGGCGGCCCAGCAGCAGAUGCAGCAGGACGGCGCCACGGCCUGUCAGCAGCAGCAGCAGCAGUCGCCCCGCCGGGUGGCCGUGCCGGUGCUGGUCAAGGACGGGAAGCCCUGCCAAGCCGGCUCCAACGCGCCCGCCGCCGCCCUCCAAGGCCACCACCAGCAGCAGCAGGCGGCCGCCGCCACCGCCAUCACGGUGGCCUCCAACGGGCCCGGCCUGGGACAGCACCAGAGCCACCAGGCCAGCAGCGCCGGCCAGUCGCCGGACCUGGGCCAGCACGCCGGCAGCAGCCCCUCCGCCCUGCAGAGCCAGGUCUCCGCCUUGUCCCACCUGAACUCCUCCGGCGCGGACUAUGGCACGGCCAUGUCGUGCUCCACCUUGCUAUACGGGAGGACCUGGUGAGAAGCCGGCAGCGGCGCCCGGCCUCGGCUCCCACGCCGGCCCCACACGCCCCACGGGAAGCGCCUCUCCUGCGCCUCUUCCGCCCUUGACUUUGGCCUCUUCUUUUGGGGGUCCUCCUCGGUCUUUUUUGCUUCUCGGAGAAGGAGGGGGUCGUGCUUGUGACAGACAGUGGACAAGGAAACGCCGGCCCUGGGGCAGGGGAGGGAUGUGGGGGUGAAAUGGCGCUCCUCCGCCCCUGGCGCCUGCAGAAGUCGCCGACACAGGAGAGCGCCGAGGAUCCCCAACCGCGCCUGGCCCGGAUCUCCACGGGACGCUUGUAUGUACAUAUCAAACCGGAGGGCGAAGGGUGGGCGUCCUCUCCCCUCCCCCUCCAGAAAAAAGCAACACUUUAGCGUCCUCCCCCCGUCCCAAAAUACACACAGGAAGCACCUGGGCCCCCCAGCCCAGCCGGUGGAAGGAGACACCGGCCUUAUCUCGGUUUAGCAUCGCUCCUCUUACCUUUGAUGUGAACCUGUAGCUGUCUGAAGCUGUCGAAAACGUUGGACUGAACCCAUAGUUUUUAGUAGCCUGAAUAUUUUGUUGAUUUUUUAAAAAAGCGAAGAUCUGCCAAACAAAUUUUAACAUCCUUCCCCCCUCCCGACCCACUUUUUAUUGGACGUCCACAGAUCCCAUGUAAAUCCUUUGACAGUUUGUUCUUUCUCGGCGCACGAUUUUUUUCCUGCUUUCUUUUUCCAUGUAACUUAUGUAGAUAUAUUGGGCUUUAAACAUAAUUCCUAAGAAGCUUCUAAUAAAUUAUGAAGUUCACAAAUAUUUGUCAUUGCCCUUUGCUGUCCUCCCCUUUUUAAGAAAGGGGGAUCGAGUGACCAAUACUUGACCCAGAGACCCAGAACUCGAUUCCAUUGGGAAACUGGUCCCGCGAGUGAAGCACAGCUGCCUCCACAAGCAUACGAAUGGGACUGAUUCAUAUCUUCCGGUUUAAACCCUAGUUCGACGGAAGCGCGUCCUGCCCAAGUAAGGAGAACAACUGAGAUGAGAAAAAUUAAAAGCGGCCUCGUGCCUGCAGGGAAGAAUUGACAGACCCACCAAACCAAAUCUCCCUUUAGGACGCCAUUGAUGCGGGGAGAGGGGGCCGCUAAGGAGGAACAAACUCCAAAGGGAAAAGGGGGGGGGGGAGGGAUUGAAAUCCUUGUACAGAGCGCUCAAUUUUCUUAACUUGUAAAGACAUCAUUUCUACAAGGAUUUCCUAUGUCAUUGUAUUUUAAGGAAAGUACAGUCAUCUUAUUUAUAAUCAAAAAUAAAACAAUAGUUUAUUGUGCACGACGUGUACGGUGUAGCUUGAAUUAACUUUCGGGAAAACGAGUCGAUGGGGUCAAAAUGCAUAGUUGCCCCCCCCCCCCUUCCCCAAAUCCACGCUUGUUCGGCUUCUUGUGGAAAUAUAUUCUCCAAGGCGGCGACGACACAGAUCGGCAGAAGGUGCGGCGAAACAGAGGCAGAGUUUUCCCUUCUGGUUGAUAAGAGAUCGUCUUCUUGUUGAUAACAGAGCGCAAAGGAACAGGCCAGAUAGAGGCUGGGGGCUGAAAACCAGUUCAGCGGGGCUCGCUUGGCUUGAAGGAAGCGUUCACAUUUACAACGGUUUUUUUAAUUGGGGGGGGGGGGCUAGAUCCUCAUAACCUCUCCCCCCUUAUCUAAAUUUAAUGGACGGGGCGCAUGCUAUAUGCGAGCAAAACACAGACCUGACCCUGUCCGGGGCAGCAAACGCAGAAAGGCUGAGCGCAAGGACCGGAGGCCUCUGGGUUGCUCGCUGAAAAGCCGCCCCUGAGCGCAGCCCUUGUUGGUGGAUGCGGAUUCGGCAAAGGUGUUUGGCCGGGGUGUGGAGCCCUGCCCGGUCGCGCAGUUGGCGCCUUGUGCCGUCGGUAUCCCGAGAAUCCUCUGAUCGCCCGCUUCUCCUGGCCUUCUUGGAUCCCCUCCGUUGGGGCGCACGACCACAUAGCAAUCCACUCUCAGGAGCAAAGCCCGGAGAAGUUGGGCAACGCAGAGAGCCGCGACAGGCGGGGAACUCUGCAGCUGGAAAUGGGUUCGAAUCCCAGAGGGGAGGGCCGCAAGCCAGUCGGGGAGUCUGGUUUGCACAAGAUUUUAGGCCCCCACCCCCGGGUGAGGGGUUUAGCUUGGCUUCAUACACACAUAUAUAAAGACAGCUCCCGAAACUCGAAGUCAUCACCGGCGAGAGCACAGAUAUUAAACCUUCUGUCUAAAAUCUGAUAUAUGCUUCUUUGUAGAGAUGGAGAGAUCGACCGUGGUCAAGUGCUGGAGAAACAGUCUCAGCUGCCCCCCCCCCCCAUCUAUAUAUACUUUUCUCCUUUUAUACCUCCAUGCUAAAAUUAGGCUCCUCAGAGCCCAAAAGAGAGCGCUCCAUGCUGUCAUUUCAGAUGCCAGCUGUCCCUGCCCCCCCCCCUUCUUUUUCAGGGAAAGCUGCAACUGUGUUCUUUGCUUUGCCUGGCAAACGGAAUUCAGCGCCAAAAAGCCCGGCCAGGACUAAAUGUGUACAUUCGGAAGGGAGAAUCGCAGCCAGUUCAAUCCCUUUCCCCCAGAAUACGUGUGACCUCGACUUUCUCUAACUGGGAAGGGAUCUCCACAUUUUUAGAGGUCCCUCUUCCUUUGAGUAAAUUAACCGUGGGGUCUACUGAGAACAUACCAAGGGGGAGAGCAGCGGUAGAAAACACAGUUCUUUAAAGUACUUUGGGUCUCCCCCCCCCCCCCACGCCGCACCCACGAGCUCCCUCCAGCCCAGCCAUGAAAUUAGGCCUUAGAAGAGUAGCUGGGGAAACAGCUAGGGAUGGCCCCAAAGAGCCUCGCCGGAAAAGUAAAUGGCUUUAUUGUAUCUGGACCAGCUCGUAUACACAUUUUUGGUGGUGGGAGUAAUUACUGUAAUGGAUUAUUAUGUACACUGACUUAUCUUUCUGCAACUAGAUUUAGUUUCGAUUAAAUAAACUGGCUCUCACUUUGUCUUGA